AUGGCGCAAUUCAAGGCCCUGCCAUACCCCGACGAGGAUUGUGCCGGUCGCACCGUCAUCAUCACCGGCGCAAACACCGGCAAGUCGUCUUCUUCCAACCCCCCAAACUCAUCACAAAGCUUGCCCCCGGAAGCGCGCUCACCUCCAUCUAACACGCUUGCAUACACAGGACUUGGCCUAGAAGCAGCCCGUCACUUUGUCCGUCUCAACGCCACGAGAGUAAUCAUUGCUUGUCGCAACGUAGCCAAAGGAGCGGCGGCCAAGGCAGACAUUGAGAGCACAACGCCGCGGCACGGUGCGAUUGAAGUAUGGCAGCUCGAUUUAUGCUCGUUCCAAAGCGUCAAGGAGUUUGCCUCCCGCGCCGCGCACCUCGAUCGCCUCGACGUGCUGCUGAAUAAUGCAGGCAUUGUAGUCAUGCACCAUGAGCUCCACGAUGGAUACGACACCACGACGACGGUGAAUGUCCUGUCAACGCUGCUUCUCACCUUGCUGUUGCUCCCGAAGCUGCGUCAAACGGCGAGCCGGUUCAAUAUCACGCCGCGUGUGACUAUUGUUUCUUCCUUUGGCGCAUUCUAUGCGUCUUUUCCGCAGAGAACCGCAGAAGAUAUAUUUGAAGAAUUCAAAAAGGAUACGUACUUUUACGAUCGGUACAAUUGUACCAAGCUGAUUCAGCUCAUGAUGGUGCGGCGCCUCGCCGCGGCGGUGGAUGCCUCUGGCAAGGGACGCGUGCUGGUAAACGCCGUCAAUCCGGGCCUUUGCAACACGGAGCUCUUUCGGCGCCUCUUCUUUCCUAUUAAUAUCGUGUGCUCUAUUCUUCUUGCUGCUUUCGCGAGGAGCACCGAGAUGGGGUCGCGCACUCUAAUGGCUGGUGUAUUUGCGCCCGAGAUGCACGGCAAGUUCAUGUCCAACUGUGAGGAGGAGGCUUGGCCGAGCAUAAUGCUCGGCAGGGAGGGAGAGGCGCUCAGUUCUAGGGUCUGGGGCGAGUUGCUGGAUAUAAUGGAGGGGAUUGAGCCUGGUGUGACUGAGAACCUGUGA